AUGAUUCAGAUUUACGACAUUGCGAUUCACCAGCCCAUUUACAGGUCAUCGGCGAAGUCUGAAAUAGUGUUUCUUAAGUAUUCGAGAGAUGUUUCCGGUGUCGUUGACAAUUUGCGAUUGGUUCUUGAGCGGGCCGAUAAUCGGCUAGCAUUGCAUCUAUUUAGUAUGAAUGCCAUCUAUACAGUGUGCGCCCUGAUGCUACAAUAUCCAGAGCUGAAUGUGCUUGGAAGAAGUGAUGGGAUAGUCUUCGACAGUUGUCCUGUGAUUUUCGACGAAUCAAGUCCAAGGAGCUUUACUAAUCUUGCGGACGCCUUUGCGAAAUCAACGCUAAAAAACGCGACGCUCACCGCUCGCAUACAGUUCUUGUUGUGGAGGACCUACUUCAUAUUGGCAGUGCGUAUGUUUAUAGCGGAGCAAUUUGCUCGCUCUCUUAUGGGGGUGAGUCUGACGAAUUUCACCCCAUAUCACUUCAUUCGGGACCAUCCUUCCAUGCCUCGGAAUUUAUCAUUCGUUUAUUCCGACAAGGACACGAUUUGUCCACCAAAGUAUGUUUCCUUUCGUUGUUGGUUGUUAAAGAAGGGCAAUUACGCCCACUACCUGGUAUUUCGUAUGGAAUACAUCUUGCCUUUCGUACACACUAGAGUUCACCGUUUUUCGAUUGCAGAAGGACAAUCUGCGAAUUCCAUCACCAUAUGGCCAAGUCAGGGCGGAAUGUAG